AUGGCACCUAUUCAGUCUCAUUAUGCUCAUUGCCCUGGAGAUUCCUUCAUCGACAAGCCCAAGCACUGGACUGACCGCCUCUCUGAUAAUCUGAAACAACGCUGGGGAGUACCCCCCAGACCUGAACCUCAACUCCAGCCUCAGACUCACCAGCUUCAAUUUCUUGUCCAAUACUCCGGCGCUGACCGCUUGGUUGACAACAUCCUUGAGUUCGCCAGUCGAAACAAGCUGUGCGUCAGCGUGGUGAGGGGUCCUCUCAGCUCUGAGGAAGGGACCUUGAGAACUAUCGACGGGCCAGUCAAGUCCGAUUCAUCUACUGAGCGCAACUCUCCUUUCUCUUCACCCUCCUUGAACACCCCCAAGCCCAAGAAGGGCAUCCGAAAACCCUUCCGCAAGACCAAGCGAGGACGGAAAAAACUCAAGCGCAUCAUGGCUCGGCGUACCCCCAAAGCCCCUAAGGUUGUCGAGAGCUACAACACCCUCAGCCGCAUCACGACCCCCUCACCCACUGUCGUUGACGGUGGUGAGGCUACGGAGGGUUCCUCCACCCCGAAGAAGGAGUAUGUCGGUCCGUGCAUUGUUGACACGGAGAAGUGGCGCCAGCGCGCGCUGGAUUGCCUAGCUACACAGGGGGCCGAGGCGAAGAAGCAGGCUGCGGAGAAGAAGGAGGCGGAUGAUGAGGCCAUUCAUCUUGCAGUGGCCGCUGAUGUCAACAACGUGUACCCUCACUACAUUCAACAGAGCGAGAGUAGUAACCUUCAGAUGACGAUGCGCAAUCUCUCUGUGCCGGCUCAGUAUUCGCACGACCAAAACUACCCGACAGGGUAUGAACAGCCCGCGUUUGGAGUCGAUCCGAAUACUAUCCAUUAUUCUUCCAUGCGCAAUGGUGGCAGUCCUCUUCGCAGCAGCAGGGCAGGCAAUGAUGGCCUGCAGAACCUCCUCACACGGUGGGAAGAGACCCAGUUUCUCCCGUAUCCAGACUCGCCUCAUUCCGAUAACGUCAACCCCGGGGUUAUCAUGCAGACCGUCGAAGGUGCAACUCCCUCCAUGUAUCAACUCGAGACCGCCAGCAACGAGGAGGCCGAUUUUUCUUUGCCUACCACUUACGCAACUCGUCACUCCCCUGCAUACGUGGCCAGUCUUGAGCGUGACAUGCACGGAAUCCACAAAGCCGAGUCUCCUGCCAACAGCCGAGAGCUUGCUCCCUCUGUUGCAUCACUACUCGAAGCAAGCCGCAAGUCUCAAAAGUCCACUCCUAAAUCCUCUCCCUCUUCCAUGGACCCGGCUGCAAAUGAAGCUCUCGCACAAUCUGUUGCUGCGCUGUUCGAACUGACUCGGCAGUCAUACCGAUCUUUCUCCGGGUCUACCGGGUCGUCAAGCGAGCUACUGAUCAACCCUGUUGCUUCCUCCUUGUUUGAGCGUGGUCUCUCCAAGCAGCCCUCAUCUAUUACCACAGACAACUUUUCGAACGAGGAUCCUGCCCUCCCAGCUCAGACCUCUCACCCUCAUAACGAUCCCACCAUGAGUACCUCUAACAACCCUCCGAACAUCUCAAAGAAGAUGAUGAUUCUGCCUUUUCGCAGAGUCCGCACCAGUGAGGAUCUUUCUCAGUUAGCCCAGGAUGCUCCCAGCUCUCCCAGCCUGUACUUCGAUGCGAAGUCGAAGAACUUGAGCUCCCCUGAUCCGACAUCGAAAGAUUCGAAAGAGGCCUCUCGUGAUACGAGCCGCAAGGCCUCAGCCUUCGACAGCCAUGACAACCAACAACCCAAGUCUCCUGCUUCGAAAGCUGACACCGGCCAGAUUCACGACCAGUUUAGCCAAACCGUGGAUACUGGUCCUCUGGCAUUCCAGACGAAGCAUAUCCAGGGACUCUUCGGCAACCCAGAAUUCUCGGAUAUCCAGAUCCUGCUGAGUCCUGACCUGACACUCCCUCCCAUCGUCUACUAUGUUCACAAGAACGUCAUCGCUGCCAGCCCAUUCUUGUACAAAGUUAUGGCAGCCAAGCGAAACCGAGACGGAGGCGUCGACCGCAUUCAUGCUCUGACUGGAGUAUCCUUUACCUGCUCACACGCCUUCUCGAUGGCCCUUCAAGUCUUGUAUGGAAUUCCACUCGUCACCCAAGAGUCUCUUCGGAAGACCACCAUGCAGGGACUGGGGCACCCAGACGACGACGACACCUCCACAUACUCGUUCUCCCUUGAGCGCGCCAUGGUAGACUUUGCCCUGUGCUACGCCGCAACUGGUGCUUUCCUGGAGCGCCGGGAGAUCACUGAGCGAGGAAUCGAGCUGGCCAUGGAUCUGCUGUCCUGGGAGACCGCCGAGUUCAUCCUCAACUUCGGCAUGACCGUUUCGGCAUACGCGGUGACUUGUCCGGACGUACCCUUUCCACCUAUGAGCUCCCACAGCUCUCGUUCAUCCUCUCUCUCUGCUGCGAAUGGCAUCCCGCUCGUCGAGCUCGAUUACUUCCACGACUUCCACUGCAUGUGGGCCGACACCGUUCUUACCGCGGCUGUGCGCUUUAUCACCAGCUCAAUCACGGUGGACUUCCAGCUCUACAACCGCGCCCAGGCACGUUUCACUCCAAACCGUAUCCCUCAAGCCCUCCACACCCUCCCAGGCUCUUGCCUGUCCAAUCCACGCUUGGAGGAGAUCAGAUUCGGCAGCUUCCCUUCCAUCGCCGACGAGCGACCCACCGACCCAAUGAUCCUCGUCCCCUCCGCCAUGCUGCUAACCCUCCCUUUCCGAGCCUUCGUGGACAUGCUCAACGCCGUGAAGAGCCGCGGUGCCCUGAGCUAUAAUCUGGUGAAGGAGAUUGUCUUGGAGCGCGAGGCCCGUCGCCUUAAUGCACUGCGCGUCUUCCUCCGCAUUGGACAUUGGUGCUUCACGGAGGUCCCCGGGGAAGCCCUGGAGGAGCUAUCAUACCGAGAGUUCGUCAAGAUAGAUCAGGUUGACCACGCGGAGGAUGAGUGCGCUGUCGUCCUCCGCGCAACUGUGGAGCGGGUCUGGGUUGGGAACGAGGUGCCCAACAGUGUGCCUGCGGCUGCGGCUGCAAACAAUUCCGCGUGA